GGGGUCUAUAUUUUACUUACAUUUUAGGUGUUACGUCAAAAGCUCGAAACUAAUAGACUAGUAUUAUUAGUAAACAAACAGCUUAUACCAUCAAUAUACAUAGAUCUACGAGUUUUUUGGUGUGGGUUUUUGUUUUUUUGGUACAGUAUUAUUUUCUAUUACUUAAUGUUAAAAGGGCUGUUGUAUAAUUUACAGAUCGAGCCAUCGACCAGUUUUGUCGCGUGCAUCUGCGAAUUUCACGAGGCCAGAUCAUUCAGUGUCACUUUGGCGCUUAUAUUUCGUAAACAAAAUGAUUUGACGUUAAACGUUCAAGUGACUCAUAAGAUAAUCUGAAAGUAGUAACAAACAUUUUGGAAAGCUGUUGACCACAAGCUGCAAAUGUCAACACAAACUUUUACAUGUUGACAAGCAGGGAUAAGAUUGAGAGGAGUCUCUUAUUAUGUGCAGUAGUUAAGUCUUUGAAGUAUUUUGGGGCUAAAUGGACUGUGGGUAUCGAGCAGUUGACUCGUGGAUAAGAAUUCACGGAAACACUGAAAGCACAAGGUGACGAUAAUUCAAUUUUCCAUCAGUAUGAGCAAAACUUUGGGAAUCUUGACUCUAAUACCACAUUGAAAGGAAAACCAAGUUCUAUGUAUUCAUCAGCCACUUUAUGUCAGCAUGGGGGGACCGUAUGUGGUCCUUUGGAGUGGGGCUUUUCCUCAUUAGCCUGUCCCCAGAUUCCCUUCAGCUUCCUGCAGUUCAUGGAUUUUCCUCCGGAGGAGCAACACUGCUGUUUGCAGGACUUGUGGGAUAUUGGGUAGACAAUACAGCUAGACUCACAGCGGCUCGUGUUUCCUUAGUAGUGCAGAACCUCCUUGUAGUGCUAUGUGCUGCGGUGGUCUUCUGUGUGUUUUAUUUUGGAUUGGACAAGGAGAAUGCGGCGGUCUCUGAUUUUUUGAUUCAGGGUAGCCGAGUUCUUAUCAUCAUGGUGUCCAUUCUGGCAGACUUGGCCAGCAUUGCCAGGAAGAUUGCCAUAGAAAAGGACUGGGUGGUGGAGAUCUGUGGCAGAGAUAAGGACAUGCUGGCAUCAAUGACAUCGAAAUUGCGGGUCAUUGACCUCUGCACCCAGAUCCUGGCCCCGAUUCUGACCGGUCAGGUGAUGACCUGGCUUGGGAUUCAGUAUGGUGCUGUGUUGAUUGGUGUUUGGAAUCUGCUGUCCGUGUUUGUGGAAUAUUAUCUGAUCCUUAAGGUUUACCAAGAGGUUCCAGCUCUCAAAAGUAAAAUGUACAAGAAAAAAACAGACAAAGAUGUAGCAAACAUAACUCCACCACCCCAAGAGGAGGAAGAAAGAGACAUCACAGAGCCAGAGGAUGAGAACAUCAUCACUGAAAAGGGAGCAGAAAAUUUAAAAGCCCCACAAGCAACAUCUGUAGAAUCGCAGAAAGAGGUUUCAUCUUCUCCAGAGAAGGUUGAGGAAGAGUUGACGGGUUGUGUGUGGGUCCUGAGUAAGGUCUUCUACAGUUUUAUAGCUCUCUACACCGGCUACAGGACUUACUUUAAGUAUGAGGUGGCCCUAGCAGGACUGGGACUGUCCUUUCUAUAUAUGACUGUUCUUGGUUUUGACAAGAUCACCAUAGGGUAUGCCUAUUCCCAGGGACUCUCGGAGGCAGUAUUGGGAGGACUACAGGCAGCAGGUGCUCUACUAGGCAUUAUGGGAGCUGUUGUCUAUCCCAGGAUCCGGAUGUCUGUGGGUCUGGAGAGAACUGGGUUGUUCGGACUCGGAGCUGAAAUUCUGUGUCUGUGUAUGUGUGUGGCUUCAGUAUGGACCCCGGGUAGUCCUUUUGAUUUACUCGGCUCCCCAAACACUGAAGCACCCAACGUUCCUAAUGUGAUAUGCAAUAAUGGCAGCAUGGCAUAUUCCACCAAUGCGACUUCACAGACAGCUUCAAUUUACAACACAUCGGAGCAUUCAUCGGUAGUAACGCUAUCAACAAUAUUAGAAGUAUCCUCUGGCAUUUCUUGUAAUGAAACUAUAUCUAGUCCGCCUGAAGUAACUCCCGACAUCUCAGUAUGGCUUCUAAUGGCUGGAAUCAUCACCGCUAGGUUUGGUCUUUGGGUCUCAGACUUAACAAUCACCCAGCUCUUUUUACAAUCUGUGGAGGAAACAGAACGCGGCAUCGUGAACUCGAUGCAAAACUCGAUGAACAAACUCAUGGACAUGCUCAAGUUUGCCAUGGUUAUUGUGGCCCCUUACCCACAUCAGUUUGGCUUACUGGUCCUGAUUUCUUUCUCCUUCAUCUGCAUGGCGUGGGUGUUAUAUGCUGUUUAUUGUCGGAGGGUACGAGGACAUUUCUUCCACUUUGAAAAAGUGACGAACUGUGUAGACCAUCAGAACAACAAUCAGGAAACACUAGCUUCACCGGACACAGGGGCUGGUCAAGCAGUGUAGCCGCAGCAUCCAGUUAGCUUCACCGGACACAGGGGCUGGUCAAGCAGCAUAGCCACAGCAUACAGUUAGCUUCACCGGACACAGGGGCUGGUCAAGCAGCAUACCAACAGCAUACAGUUUCAUGGUUUCAAAUGGCAGUAAUGGAAACCACUAUUUCAGAUUAAGUUUUUAAGUCACCUGAGUAAACUCUUGGUCUUUUUGAUAACUACUAUUCCAAUUUUUUCAAAUUUGGUAUGAAGCAUCUUUGGCAUAAAGGGGACCUAAAUUAUAUAUUUUAGGAUUCCUGCACACUUGGGGCCCUAGGGACAGGGCAAAAACUGCCAAAAAUGACAAAUUUUCAAAAAUUGUCUUCUCUACAACCACACAAUUCAGUGUAAGAAAAACUAAAUGCAUAGUGAUGUAGAGCAGAAAGGCCUCUACCAAACUUAUAAAUUUCAUAAUCCCUAGGGUAGGGUUUCUGACCCUAGAGCAGGGUCAAACUUAGCAUAUUGUGUUUAUGUGUAAAACACUUAUAUAACAUCUUCUUAAGUGCUAUUGAUAGUAAAUUGAAACUAAACAGAUAUUUAUAAACAGCAGGUAGUCCUUUACUAAAUUUGUAAAUUUGAUGAUCCCAGGGGUAAGGGUUAUGGCAGGCUGGGGCCAAAAUUAUUAUAAUGAUUAUUGUCUUAAUGAUUUGAAGGACUUCUCCAACUUUGCUGACACAGUAUAAAAUCUAAAUGCUUAUUUUAGGAAUAGCAGAAAAGGAUAUAUAAAAAAUGUGAAUUUCACAACCCAAGGUUUUGACUCAAGGAUGGGUCCAUAUUAGUUGUGUCAUUUAAUGUUAAUACAUAUACAUGUAUUAUGUAUAGCCUUUCAUUAGUACAUAUAUAUGCACUUUUGAGGGCAAUGAAGUUUUAAGAACACAUCUUGUUUUAUACUGUUGCUGAAUAUUAGAAUUUAGCUAUAAAGAUGUUCAGAACAGGAAAUUUUUUCUAGAUUUUUAUCCCUUGGGACUAGUAAUACUUUUAACUAGUACUCAGGUGACCGACAAGGCCUGUGGGCCUCUUGUUUAAAUAGAUGGUUGUGAUCUUAUAUCAAUAAAAAUUUUGUUGCCAUAUCCUUCUAUUUUUAUACAUUUGUAGUAUGUAUUUAACAGUAAUACCAUAUUUUAUCUCAGUGAGCACUGUAAUAUAGAGUGUAUUUGAAGCAGGGUCAUCAUUUCCUCAUUAAUACCAAUAUUUUUAUCAAGAAGGCAUGAGCCAUUUAUACAUGAUGCCUAUUGUCACCUCACCCAUGAAACAAUACAUUUAGUCUUUAAAUUACAAUGCCUGAAAGGAACAGGUCUCACAAUAUUUUAUAGAGCAAUCUCACACUUAUUGGGUUACACUACAUAAUAUGGAGAUUUUUGACGGGACACAAUCUGUUAGAUAUUUAAUCUCUAUGUUUGGUAUGUUAGUAAUUACUGUUUUUUAUAUGUUGGUCUUUAAAUAUGACAUAUUAUGGUACACCAUCCGUCUGUUCGUUUGUGGUUUUGUUUCGAAUUUCAUUUCUCUGUCAUGUAUCAACCUGAAACUUGCUGUGUAGCUUCUUUGUGGGUCACUCUAGACUAUGCUGCAAUUUUGGUCCAGGUCAACCUCUUUUACAGGAGUUUUGCCACUUUGUAUGAUUAUUUGAAUUUAAAUGUUAUACUGUAUGAAUUAAGGUACAUAAGCAGGUUUUUUUAAGGUCUUGAUUUCAAGGGCCUGGGCCCUUUCAAUUGGGAAAAAUAGCGACAUUUGCUUGAAAUUGGGGAAAAUGUUCCAUACAAAGAAGUGGGGAGAAAACCAAACCAGAGUGCAUUAAGAUAUAAUUGGACUCCUUCUGACUUUCAAUUUGGUCAAAGCUUACCUCAUUCAAAUAUGCAGAGGCCAAAAAUUAGGUUUACUUGACAAUUUUGAAGCUAAAAUUGUAAUCUGUGGGCCAGUGAAGAAGAUAUAUGAACAAUAAGGCUAACCUACUUUGAUUUGUUUUCAUUGUUUGGGAAUUUCAAAGCAAAGAUUGGGAAAAAUACCUGCUCCCUAAAAAAAUAUCCCUGAUAAAGUCUGUCCAACUCCUACAAUUUUCAAGUGAAGACCUUCCUAUUUUACAGAGCAUUUGUAUGGGUAUUGAAGAUGUGCAUUUGGGAAGGAUUUUUAAGUAUCUUCAAUUUUUGAGAAAAUUACAGGUUGUUGAACUUGAGUCAGGAAAUAUUACAAAGUUGGUGCAUUUCUUGUCCACCUAACACCCCUCACAAGUUUAAGCUACACUUUGUAAAGCCUUUCUAAACAAUAACUUAAAGAUGUGCAUAUUGCAAGGAUUUUGAUUCUCAACAAUUUUCUUUUUUUGAUGUUUAAAUAAUUAACAAGUUCUUUGAACUUAAACAACUUUUGGGAAAUAUUUUACACACAGAACAUUUGGUUUGUCUAUCUACUUUUAAGCUCAGACAUUUUAUUCAUAUGAGAUGCAAAAUAAAGUCUAUCACAGGGUGAUGAUGGCUGACACUACCUCAAGUAAAGGUUCUUCAAACUCAUGGCUUAGAAAAAAACCCACCCAACAUAAGCUUGUGACGGGCGAAUUAUGUACCGUUUCCGGUACUCUUGUUAUUGCAUAUGAAUUUCUAGAUACCAGUGAUUGUAGAAUGAUGACACAAUAAUGCAUGUACAGUAUGUGUCAUUUUGUUGUAUUAUUUAAAGCCUGUGAUUAGUCGAUUGUUGUCACUUGAAUCUGUUAUAAAAUGCUGAUUAACCUAUGUUUAUACUUCAUCUUUAGAUCACCCUAGUCACUCGGGAGACCUACUGGUCUGAUUCAUCGACAUCCGUCAUAUGUUUAAAACAAUCGAACAUUUUUAUGCCCACACAUCUUGUUUAAUUUGUUUUACGACAUAUACCGAUUGAUUUUUAUGAUUAUAAAAUUGAAUUAUCAGUCAUCAACUUUAUUGUUGCAUUAGCAAAACUCGAAGUGCAAGCGAGAUGGUGUGUCAAUUUUUCAUAAUCAGUUAAUACGUAUGAAAGUAUAUCGUAAAAUAAUGACCUUGGCAUUCCUCUGAUCUGCAUUACUCAGUAACUGUGCUAGAAUUGUUUUUAUUCACCUAGGUUAUAUAUAUAGAAUAUCGUAUUUAUUUAAAUACAAAAGGCAAGUUGACAAUAAAAUGACAUUAUGUAUACAUGUAAAUUAAAUUUAACGUAGUUCCACACUCCUGUGACGUCAUAAGAUUGUGCAAAGUCAAUAAUUUAAUGACUGGAACAUAAAUUUUGUUUGAGUCUUUUUCAAUAGUUAUUGUAAAAAAUCUUGUUAGCCAUAAAAUAUUUCAAAAGUCUUAGUUAUAUUUGAAUAGUCAAUUAUGCGUUUCAAAAUAUUGAAUCCAAGGACAAUAACUCUGUUUUCAUUGAAUUAUUUAUCAAGUCCAUUAUGCAAUAGAUUUCCUAUAUUUUUCACAAACAUUUUACCAAGGUGAUAAGGAAUUAUUAUCUGUGUCUUUUCAUGAAAUUACAUAAAAUUUUAAUCCAUGAGUGGUUUUGAAUAGCUCAGUUGUAUGGUGCCAGACUUAGGGUUUUUAUGGGGGUAUACAUACUCUGGAAGCUAUAGAUUUGAAAUUAUUCAGGAAAGGUAUGGAUUUUUUUUCCAUAAAUAACUAUAACAGAUGUACAUCUACUAAUAUAACCAGAAAAAAUGAUAUGUAAACCAUGCUAUAAGGAAAUUGUGUCCAUAUUUGUUUGUUUUUUUAACAUUUUGGAGAGUAAGGCUAAUUCAAUAAUUUUGCACUUAUUAUACUAAAACUUAAUGAACAUAGUGAAAAUGACAUGUGUUCUAGUUCUUGACAUGUUUCCUGAUAAAUAAAUGCAAUUUAAAAUUUU